AUGAAAACCAUCCAUGAAGCCUGUCAUGAUCUCCGACUACAACUAGAUAGAUUCAAAGUCGAAUACAAGCAACGAUAUUACAGCUUAAACAACAACCCCCAUGUCAUCCGCCAACGUGAUAACUUGGGGUACUUGACGUCGCUAAGGACAGCUUCGAAGCCAGACAACAACUCGGAAAUCAAAUUGUCUCGCCACGAUGAACCCUCAAUCACCACCACUACCAACGACAACGAGAACAAGAAGGAGAACGAGAACGAGAACGUUGAGCCCCACGCCCACCGCGACCACGACCACGACCAUGACCACGACCAAUCGACCAACCUCGACAUUUUUUCAACCUUUAGCGCCAACUACGAGAACCAGAGCUGCCCCCGCAGAAUCUUCUCGGACCCGAUACGCAAAACGUUUUUCCCCACCGUCGACUUGAACUUGAACUUGAACUUAGAUGCACUAAUGCAGGAGGAAACUGCUGGCCUCGGUGGUGAGCCCGAUGACGCGAGCUCCGUCGAGGAGGAGCCCUUGCGUCCAUACAUCAACUCCCCCGCCUCCGACGCAUUCAAAUACAUACCAGACAAUAUGAAUGCUCAUGCAAACGCCACCGCCAACGUGGGCGUGAAUGCGGGCAGUGGUGCUGGUGCUUAUGCUUCCGCGUGCGGCGACGCUGGCAUCUAUAGAGUAGCCAGCGACCACAGCAUCGAGUCCAUCUACUCGCCCCAGCACACCCUACCCACGUCGCAGCUCCCCAUCACAGCAGCACUCGAGCAUAGCAUCGAUGGCAUCAUAUCAAAGGCGCAACAGGCACGCGACGAAAAGAUGAAAAAAGUGAGCUAUGCUGAUGAAUGCGCCAGUUGCGUCAACAUGUGGCUGAGCCAGGACGAUUUAGAUUUGAUUCAACUGAAGUAUUGGCAAAAGGCUACGUCGAUGUGA